CGUCCAGCCCACGCGUCCGUUCUGCGUGUCAGUUGCGCGCGCCCACCCUCGGUCACCCGGCCACGCCGCCCGCUGUAUCACCAUCGUCGUACUAAAUCUCCACGAUGGCUCGUCUGUCUAAUCCAUGUACAAUAGAGGGCUAGGGCCAGCGUAAACCCCGCGCGCCGCGCCCCAUCCCCAUCCAUGGGCGUGACGAUAUCGACGCACAGCGGCGUGUCGCCCCUCGCCCUUGCCAGCACCACCGCCGGCUUCAUCUCCUUCGCCUUCACCAUCGCCACCUUCCUGCGCGUCACUUGGGAGAACUACGCCACCUUCCGCCACGCCCACCGCCAGAUCGACACGCACCUGGGCAACCUGAAGCAGGGCCUGUACGAGGAGCGCGCGCACCUGCGCCGGGCGGCCAGAUUCCGGCGCCGCCACCGGCCCAGCACCAGCACCAGCACCAGCACCAACGGCUGCGAGGCCAGCCUAAAAGAGGCGGGAGCUGCCGAGCGCGGCUACGCGGGCUACAGCGGCAACCAUGGCCGUGAUGGUGCUGCCGAUGACGACGACGUGACUGCUCGCGUCAUGCGCGCCACCGUGCGCAAUAUGCUGCGCGAGUUUUGGGUGCUGGAGAAGCCGUUUCUGCGCGACGAGGAUGGCGGGGGAAAGAGAAGGGGAAGCAGCAGCCGCCGCGAUGCCAAUGCCAGGAAUGGCGAAGGAGGGCAGGACGACACGGCAGCGCUGAGCGAUGAGGACGAUGAUGAUGAUAGCGAAGAAGAAUGCGCCUACCACACGGCGUACAGAGAAUGCGGGCUCCGCGAGCGGAUUCUCUGGAUGCGGAGCAAAGCCGACGUCGUGUUGUUGCUGCAGCGGCUGGGGAGAUUGGAGACGAGACGGAUUGCGAAGGAGGUGGGCGAGGCAGCGCUGUACGUACCUCUUUACCUUUAUUGUUAUCCAUUCCCGCACGCAGCAGCCAGGCAGUCCAGUACAGUACCUGGUGAAUGAAUGACGACCGAAUACCGCAAACUAACCCGCCCACGCUGCAGGAUCGUCAGAAAUGUGCGCGACGGGCUCGAAGACCUCGAUGUCCGCCUCUGGAGCCUAGAACAGCACGUCUCCCGACUGAUCACAACCCGAGCACCGGAGCCCGCGCCGGCGCGCGCAUGAACAAUGGCAUUCAUUGCAUUGGCAGCAGCAGCAGCAGCAACAAGCAGCGCCAGCGUUCUUGGGCCAUCUUGUCUUACAUUGGCGCCGGGCGUUUUUGCAUUUCGUUAUUGCAUUUCGUUUUUGCAUUUCGUUACUUCGACGCAGCAUAGGACGAUAUGAUCUGCAUAAGCUCGCUGGAAAAGACCACACACCCCUUGACAUGUCGAGAGCGCACAUCGCAUAUCGCGCAGCAAUACCCGCCACGGGGUUCCAAGAAUGCGCUGCGCACGCUUCGCUUCCUCGCC